UAGAGUACUAUACUAGUAGAGAGUAGAGACUAGUAGCGUAAAGCGUUCGAUCAGUCUCUGGUCCCGAAAACAAAAGGAUGGACUUGAAUUCUGAUGAGCUUCUCUCUUGCCUUCUAAUGGAAGUCCUUGGGUUUGAGAAGCGUAUCAAGCACUACACCAACUAUCAGAGAAUACUCUUGGUCGGAGAAGGAGACUUCUCCUUUGCCGUUUCCUUAGCCAGAGCUUUCGGCUCUUCUAGAAACAUGGUAGCCACUUCUCUCGACGACAGAGAGUCAUUGAUGAGAAAGUAUUCAAAGGCUAUGAGCAAUGUGAUGGAAUUGGAGAACAGGGGAUGCGUAGUACUUCAUGAAGUGGAUGUGCACGGAAUGAGCCAACACCCUUUUCUGAGUUGUAUUCGGUUUGAUCGAAUAAUCUACAAUUUUCCUCAUGCCGGCUACUUGCGUGGUCCAUUAUCAUCCGAGUACAAUCAGUUUCAAAUUUGGUUCCAUCAGGAUUUGGUGAGGGGAUUCUUCAAGAAUGCGCGUGAAAUGCUUACCGAAAUAGGAGAAAUUCAUGUGACACACAAGACAACAUAUCCUUUCAGUCGAUGGGAAAUAGUGAAGUUAGCAGAAGAGGUUGGGUUGUAUUUGCUUCAGGAAGAAAAGUUCUCAAAAUGGGAUUAUCCAGGUUAUGAAAAUAAGAGAGGAGCUGGGUUAUGUGAUCAAACUUUUCCUGUUGGAGAAUGUAGCACCUUCAAAUUUGGGAAGAUAUUGUACCAUUCUACCCCUUCCAGUUACUAUAUUGACUUGGUUCGGGCUUACGGUCAGGAUUCUCGAACUAACGGUCCUUACAUGCACCACUGGUUAAUACACCCAAUGGGCUAAUUGACCAAGCAAUUCCUUCCAGAUGAAAAGCUGAACUCUGUUUUCAAGUUUGCUUCCCCAAAUUUUUCAUUUUUCUGAAGUAUAAUUUUGUUUGCCACUACUUAUCAUGAUAUAUCAUUAUGCAUUCAUAUGACAUGUGUAUGUAUAGCUAAUACAUUAUGUUCGGAAUACAGUUGACCAUUUCUAUUGUAUUUUGUGGCAAAUUCACGAUACACAAACUGACAUCAUAUCAUUAUGGUCACUUGUCAAAAUAAUUGAAAUGUGUGUAAUUUUGGAAGCUGGCAUUGGACAUAGUGAGGAAGUGGUCGUGGCUGUAGGUUUGAGUAGUUGAACGCUUGUAAUUUCUCAUGUAUGUUGUUUGAAUUGUUGAUUAGAAAGACAUGAGAAAUAACCAUGAACGUGAACAUUUGUAUCUUCAUCAUGAAUUUGAACCGAGGAAAUUUAACAAAUUCUUGUUUUUC